CUUGAACAGGUGCUUAAAAGGCAGGCUGCAUGUAGUUAUCGCAGUGACGAUAACCCAGUAAUACCCAUCUACUCGGACAUGAGAGACGUUGACCUCACCACCAUCGCUGGCGUACGAAGAUAUUUGUCUAAUACCCCUUUCGCAUCACAUACAAUAAACGCGCUGACAGGAGGCUUCACCAACUUCACAUAUAGAAUAUACCUCAACGACUCAUUCAAGGGCAGCGCAACAUUGGUGUUGAAGUAUGCAGCACCGUAUGUCGCUGCACUCGGUACGAUGGCUCUUUCUACAGAGCGCCAAAAAUUCGACGUGGAAGCCUUACGGCUCGUCCGCAAGAUGCACGCUGAUGACGAUGUCAUUACCGUUCCUAACGUCCAUCUCUUCGACGAAGAAGCCCACGUCAUGAUCAUUGACGAUUGCGGGACGGACGCUCGUACGCUGAAACAGUUGGUGAUUGACGAGGCGCUACCACAGACACUCGCCGAAGCAAUUGGUGCCGCGAUCGGUCGUUUCCUUGGGCGUGUCCAUGCCUGGAACAAAGACGCGUCUUUCGAUAUGGGUAUUUUCGGUAACAAUGAAAUGGGCAAGACGAUCUCGGCUUUGGUUACAUAUGGUCGCCUCAUAUCUACGCUUAGCGGUAGAGAUAAUAUCGCGGCUUUGGCGGAUCCCGGUCUAGAUAUCCCUGAGGAGAAACUGGCCGUUAUCUCGAAGCUAGCGGAGACCCGCAGUCAUGAAAUUGGUAGCACAACAGAGGUGUUCACACAUGGAGAUUUCUGGCCUGGGAAUAUCAUGGUAACCCUUCGGAGAGAGUCAGAGGGGGACGCGCCUGGGUUAGAGAAGCUUUAUGUGCUGGACUGGGAGGUGGCGAAGGUGGGUCUUCGGGGGCUAGACAUUGGUCAGUUCUGCGCAGAGAUGCGGCUGCUUCAGCGGUUCUAUGCAAGCCGCCAGGAGGAGACGUCCACGAUUAUUAGAUCCUUCCUCUUGGCUUAUAGAGGAGGAAGUGAGCCUGAUGAAGCGCUCACGAGGGUUGCGAUUGCACAUGUUGGAGCACAUCUGGUUGCUUGGACGCCACGGGUGCAUUGGGGAGACAAGGAAGACACUAGAAAGGCGGUUGCUGAAGGAGUUGAGUUGUUAAUUGGAGGUGCUGAAGGGACAUCAGCCUGGCUGGAGGGUAGUCUCGUUGGAAAGCUGAUGUGAAGGCAAGCUUCGUUACAAUCACAAAUAUUGUGAAAGUCACACUGUUAGCUCAUUCAAUUAGUCUACUCGGCUAUUAGUACUACACCGGCCGUGCUUAUCGUGGCAAAGAGUCUUGCUACUAGCUCAUCCUUUUAAUUUUGGCGCCAUCCAAACACUUUCAAGAUUACGACGCCCUUGUGAUCUGAGCCGUUAUGUGU